ACACCCAACGCCAUCAGUUCACAAAAAUGACAUUGUGAUCUUAUCAACAGCCGCUCUUUUCGUCGCCACUUUUGUCUUAUCAUUUUGUAGAACUGAUAAGACGUGUAAAAACUAAUUUGCAGCAUUCUUGACGCGUUAUUAGCGUUUAACUAUGCGGCUGAUAUUUGUAUUACUAGCAACAUUUGUAAAUGCAGCGUUUUCUUAUAAAAUUUUAGUAUUCUCGCCUGCAACAAGUAAAUCUCAUCUAAUUUCAAAUGGAAGGCUUGCUGAUGAACUGGCCCGCGCUGGUCAUGAUGUGACAGUGCUGGAGCUAGAUUUUCUUGGAAUCUCCCAAACCACAAACAGCGUCAAAGUAGCUAAAAAACGCAUUAUCGAUGGUUUCCAGGAAUCUACUAAUUUUAAAAAUGUUCUUCACGGCUUCUCCGAAACUGUAAUGGAAGAGCCAAGCUUCACAGACGAGAUCAAGGGAUGGUGGGCCUAUCAGAAUGUGUACAAUGACUUGUGUGCCGAGUUUUUGAAGAUGGAUGACAUAUUCAAUGAGCUCAAAAAUGCAAAGUUUGAUGGGUUCUUUGCAGAGCAAAUCAAUUUGUGUGGUUUUGGCUAUGCACACGCUCUGGAAAUUCCGAGGCACUUUUUGAUCUCAAGCUGUAGCACAUUGCGCGUAUAAAUAGCCGGGUACACGUCGAGUCCAUUAAAAAGAAGACCAUUUCCAUGUGCAACAUCCUGAAAGCACUAACUGGGACAACCUGGGGCUGCUCGAAGGAAGUCCUACUGCAGACAACGAAGGCUAUCAUCAAAUCCCUAGCACUAUACGGUGCACCAGCAUGGACCCAGCUCCUGAGCCAAUCACGACUCAACACUCUGGAAAUAUGCUACAGAAAUGCCUUACGGAUUUGCGCCGGUCUCACGAAGGACACGCCAAUCGUCCACAUCUAUGCCGAAACACAAAUGCUCCCUCUUCGCGAAGAAUGUGAACUCGCUAGACAGCAGGCUUACCUCUCCAUGGCCAAAUCAACCACCCACCCGAACCGCGGACUGAAAGCGAGGCGCCAACCUGAGCGGAAAACCGACAGGCCAAGAGAACCAUCACUGGAUUUCCCCAACGAAACGUCAGGACGACAAACAAGAAGCCGCCGAAACUGAACGAAGAAGAAAAGCAGCUCCCGAAAUCAACCCGGAGGGAACUGGCCAGACUGCGUUGUGGUGACCCGCUACUCGUCCCGCAAUACCGAGCCAAAAUUAAAGGAAUCAAUGUGGACCCCUGCCAAUGCGGCAACUCAUCAGGGGACCUACGCCACUUCCUAGAAUGUGGAAGAACCCCCGAUCAAAAUUGAAGACCUAUGGAAAAGCCCAAAACUGGCGGCCAGAAGACUAGGCCUGCCGCUCACCUGUGACCCAGAAGGAGCGAGUGCUUUGCCGUGACAGACCGGCGCUGCGCUGCCGUUGCAGCAACAACAACAACAUAAAUAGUUCAUCUGAAAAUUGUUUUGAAAUAUGAUCUCGUAACAAUUACUUAAAAUAGGGAGUUGAAAAAAUUUUUCCAAGUCAUAUCUUGAAUUUGGAAUGUAUCGUAAACCUGGCAUAUAAUUUAGAUCGAAAAUUUGACCAUAUUUCCCCUUUUUUAAUAAAAUAAUAUUACCAAAAAAAAACUAAAACUUUCAGUUGCCCAUUUGCUGCUCCAGUAUACGAUUUCACUGGUCUUCCAAUGCCCACCUCAACUGUAGCAUUUGCUGCCGAUUUGAGCAUAAGCCCAACGUACACUGAAAGAGCCAGAAAUUUAUUUGUUGCUGUUCUCACAAAACUCGAAUUUACUCUUUUGAAUAACCGCCUUCAGGCGCAUUUCCAGCAUAAAUUUGGAGAACAUUUCCCAUCUCUCUACAGUGUUACUAGCGAUGUUGACGUCAUUUUUGUGGCCACUGAUGAAAUAAUCGACAUUUCCACAACUACUCUUCAAAACAUUGUCCACGUCGGAGGGCUUGGAGUUGAUGACGACGUCGCUGAAAUGGACAAUGUGUUUGCAAGUGAAAUGAGCAAGGGGAAGGAAGGCGUCAUUUAUUUUUCGCUGGGUACUAUUGCGAACACUACUAAAAUUGAUAGCAAGGUAAUGCGUACCGUAUUGGACAUUGUGAAGAAGUUCCCCGACUAUCAUUUUGUGAUAAGAGCUGAUAAAUAUGACUUGAGCACCCGAGAAUAUGCUAAAUCAGUUUCCAACGCUUUUGUGUCUGAUUGGCUACCACAACCGGCAAUUCUCCACCAUCCUCGCCUCAAACUCUUCAUCACUCAUUCUGGCUACAAUAGUAUUGUUGAAGCGGCGAGAGCUGGAGUUCCACUUAUCAAUAUUCCUUUUAUGUUUGAUCAGAAUUUAAACAGCAGAGCAGUUGAGAAAAAAGGUUGGGGAAUCCGAAGACACAAAAAACAACUGCUUACGGAGCCCGAGGAAAUUGAAAAGGCUAUUUCUGAAAUUAUUCACAACAAGAAGUACUCCUUGAAAGCUCAGAGAAUACGCGAUCUUAUCAAAUCAAAACCCCUCAGUUCUUCUCAAUUACUGAUUAAAACUACUGAAUGGGCAAUCAAAAAUCACGGACUCGACGAAAUUAAGUUCGAAAGCCGUGGUCAAACAACUUGGACUUAUUACAAUUUAGAUGUGAUUAUUCCAGUAUUUUGGCUUAGCAUUUCUCUUGUGAUACCUACCAUUUUUGGGUGGUACAAGUUCAGUUGUUUCGGGCAUGUGGAGGAAAAGAAGGGCAAAUCGAAGAGA